AUGGCAACGACAAUCGAUCUGGAGCCCCUCGGCCAGCAGAGUCUCCCCUCAACUCUGCUCAUUGGCAUUGGGGUCCUCACGCUCGCCUCGGUCGCCUUCACCGCGACACGCGUAUUUCUGAGUACUUUCAUUCUGCCUGGGAAAUCUCUGUCCUCGUUCGGCGGGAAAGGCUCAUGGGCAGUCGUAACCGGCGCAUCCGAUGGCAUUGGAAAGGAAUACGCCCUACAGCUGGCAAAGAGAGGCUUCAGUCUCGUCCUUGUCUCCCGAACUGCGUCGAAACUCGAAUCCCUCUCGGCCCAGAUAAAGACCUCUUCUCCAGACGUCUCGGUGGAAACUCUCGCCAUGGAUUUCUCGCAAAACUUGGAUAAAGACUAUGCAUCGCUGGCGUCGCUGCUACAAGGCAAACGCGUUGCCAUCCUGAUCAACAACGUGGGCCAGAGUCACAGUAUUCCUGUGACUUUUGCGGAAACACCCUUGCCCGAAAUGACAAACAUCAUCAAUAUCAACUGCCUAGGAACACUGCGGGCUACUCAGACGGUGCUCCCGAGCAUGCUACCACAAAAGAAAGGGCUGAUCUUGACAAUGGGAUCCUUCGGCGGCUUGACGCCUACACCACUGUUGGCAACAUACUCUGGUUCAAAAGCAUUCCUUCAACAAUGGUCCAACGCGCUUGCCUCCGAGCUGGCUCCAAGUGGCAUUGACGUAUUCUUUGUCCAUUCGUACUUGGUCACGUCGUCAAUGUCCAAGAUCCGCCGAGCGAACUGGCAGGUCCCUACAGAAAAGGCGUUUGUCAAAUCCACAUUGGCCAAGAUUGGUCGGAGAGGUGGGAGCAUAGGCUACCCGUACAGUGGAACUCCGUACUGGAGCCACGCCCUGGUUGCAGCGCUGAUCACGGGCGUGCUUGGUCCGAUGAGCAGCAUUUUACUUGGAAUCAACAGGAAGAUGCAUGUGGAUAUUCGGAGAAGAGCUUUGAAGAAGGCAGAGCGAGAGGCACAGAAGGGCAAGAAGGCUGCAUGA